UCACGUGAGAACACAUUCAAACACAUGCACACACACAAUAUUCUUUGCAUUGACACAGUCAACGAGCUGAUUCAGGAUGCUGAAUUUCAUUUUGCACUUAUGGAUUCCUUGUUUGCUCCUGUGUAUGGCAACUCUUUUGCUCCUCGGAAAUGCCAGAGUGCUGACUGAGAUCCAGGCUGGACCUCUGUACCGUGUGGCAGGCUCUCGGCUCUUCAUUUCCUGCAACGUGAGCGGAUUCACCAAUGUCGACUCCAGGAAAGAAUUUGAAUUCCGCGUCACCAAGCCCGCGAAGCAAAUGGUCCUGAACAUCAUUAGCACCGAAGACCCGACCUUUGGUUAUGCAGUGUACCGCAAUAGAGGCAACGACAUCACCUUGACACAUGUAACGUCCAACUCCGUCCUUUUUGAGAUAAAAAGUCUCCAGAAAGAUGAUGAAGGGGAAUACGACUGCGCUGUGAUCAACCCCGAAUAUAGUUAUGAUGGACUCUACAGUGUGAUAACUACCGUGAAAGUGAUUGACGAUUCCCUGAGUGUUUCAUCAGCCACCUCCACCUCGCUGCGCUAUAACCAGGGUGAAACGCUCACUUUAACAUGCCAAGCUUCCAGCAACACCAUCCAGCACACCCAUCUGUCUAUUGCCUGGCAUCUCCGCAAGGAGGGUGAUGAUGACGACACACAGCUCAUCAUCUCUUUGGACAGAGACUUCACGGUAAGGCCAGGCCCGGAAUUUCAAGGGCGCUACCAAGCCGGCCUCAUAAGACUGGAUAAAGUCGGAGAGGCCACGUACAGGCUGACGAUGGAUCGGUUGGAGCCGUCGGAUGCGGGGCGGAUCUACUGCCACGCUCAAGAGUGGAUCGAGGAUCCCGAUCUGUCCUGGUACUCGCUUACACAGAAGACUACAGAGGAGACCACGCUAGCUGUGAAAGGCAGAGAGCUUGUGCCAGACAAGGUCUCUGUGGUGGUGAGACUGUCGGCGCAGCAGACAUCUCUGCAGGAAGGGCAGGAGCUGCUGUUAACAUGCAAUAUUGACACACAAAAGCUGGAGGAAAAGUUUUUCUCCGUAGCCUGGCUCCAGGCAGGUGUCGAGCUGGCCCGAAUAGGCCCCACGGGCGUUCUGUCUGUGCGGCCUGAGUACAACCAGCGAGAGAAGCAAGGAGAGCUCAGGACCAGCAGGAUUGGGGAGAGAGAUUACCGUUUUAUUUUGCAGCCUGUCAGCACUGAAGACCAGGGCGCGUAUGCGUGCCGAGUGUGGCCCCAACAAAGAGGACAGCAAGGCGACUUGGUGCAAGGCGAACCCCAAGACUCCAGCUCCCUGCUCGUUAGCGUCUCAACUUCAGCCAGUGGACUCUUAGUCGAAAUGCAAAACACCGUGCAUGUCAACGAAGGCGACACGUUGAAGCUGACCUGCAAAGUGCACGGCUUCAAGGGCCAGCUCUCCGUCAGCUGGCAGCGCAACGUAGCGCAGAAACCCGCGUUCACCGCUCUCAUCGGUCUAAGUCAAGACGGUGUCAUGGAGACGGCCGCUGUCGAGGUCUUAAAUCUGGUCAGGGCUACGCGACCUGCGGACGACAUCUUCGUCCUGGAGCUUGAUGAGAUCACGCCGGAUGCUUCGGGCAUGUACCGGUGUGUGGUGUUUGAAUGGAACAGUCACAGCAAGACCAACAGCCAAUCAGCCACGACCCAGUUGACGGUGGCCCCUUUGGAUUCUUUUGUGAGCGUGAAUUUGAUCAGUCGCAAGAGCGUUGUGACUGUGGGAGACAAUGUGGAAUUGAUGUGCCGUGUCAAAGGGCCACAUCUCGCCAUAACGCUCUCCUGGAGUCUGCAGCGGGGCACGUCGACCUUAGACAACAUCCUGACGAUGUACUAUGACGGUGCCGUCAGCUGGUCUGGAAAGCAGCAACGCUACCACCUCAAGGUUGACAACAGACCCAGUGAGAGGAUUUACUACCUUCUUAUCAAUGGUGCCAGCCACAGGGAGGCAGGGAGCUACCAGUGCCGGGUGUCCGUUUUCCAGAAAAACGUUCACAAGAAGCUGUCACCAUCCAACCUGCUGAUGGUCGUGGUGCAGAACCCAGAGAAUGACCUCAUUCUGACACCCAGUCCUGCCUUGACAACAAAUAUCAACAGUGACUUCACCAUAAAAUGCUCAGUUCAAUCCUCUCGCUCUGGAUCUUCUCGCUACGCCGUCACCUGGAUUCUGCAACAACAGACCCAAAACGUGACCGUCUUAACCUCGGAUCGAGACUCCAUCGUAACAUCGACAGUGGACCACAGCCGGCGGAUCAGCAUGCAGCAAACUAAGGAGCUUCAGUUUGAGUUAACCGUUCGGGAUUCUCAAAUCUCAGAUCAAGGUUUUUAUGUGUGCGAGGUAGUGGAGUGGCUGCAAGAUCCUCGUGGCGAAUGGUACAAUCUCCCCUCGGUUUCCGGAACCACUCAACUGACACUUAUUGAGCCCGCCACUGAUCUGCUUUUGGCUAACAAAGAGCAACGAGUCCUUGCAAAAGAAGGCGACAAAGUGCAACUCAACUGUGAGCUGAUCUCGGGUGCAUCCAGCGAUUCCUGUUUCUACAAAGUCACCUGGUUCUACAGCAGCCUUGGAUCUUCUGCCGUGCCGCUAUUGGAGCUUGAUCACACGGGCCUACUGAGGUAUCCGGAGAGCAAGGGUCUUCACGGCCUGCAGGGCAGGCUUCGUCUGUCCAGACCCAGCAGGAGCGUCUUCGGUCUUGAAAUUGAGAGGAUCCACGAGGGGGAUAGUGGGACGUACCAUUGUCGGGUGGAGCAGUACCAAGUUGCGCGUGAAGGCCAAUGGGAGCAGAAGGCUUCAGCUGAUGGUGGCCCCAUCAUAUUGUCUGUGAAAUUUACAGACACCAACCUGUCUGUCCGAAAAGAAGAGUUGGCGUUGAACGUGAGCACAUCACAGGAUUUCACCAUCUCUUGUCACAUCAGCCAACAAUCGAGCCUGGAUUCCAAGUUCCAGGUCACCUGGUAUUGGCAGGAGAAGAGAGAGACCAAACGGCAAGCUUUGUUCACGUCGUAUAGAAACUCAACCUUCAAAGACUUUUGGUUUGAGAGACGAGAGCGGCUGAGAUUUGCUCACGCUUUGCCCAACCAAUUCAGCCUCACCGUGUUGAAGCCCACUCUUUCAGAUCGCGGUCUUUAUUGCUGCGAGGUGGAAGAGUGGCUCCCUUCUCUCUCCCAUGGCUGGAGGAGAGCAGCAGUAAAGAGUUCCGGCUAUUCGAAUAUCAGCGUCUAUUCGCAAGGAGAGAGUGACGCUCGCUCAGCAUGUCAUUCGGGCUUGUGGAUCGGCCUUCCUGUGGCUGUUGCGCUCUGCUCACUGUUGGUCAUCCUUGCGUUGGUGCUCAAGCUGCGUCGGGCCAAGACGCCCGAAAGGAAGCCAGGUCAGUCUUUGUGGACGGAGCAUCAUCAACUGAAGACAAAACUCAGUACGGACGACUGAGCAGUCACCUGGGGAGAAGUGGAACAAAUAUUAUAAUGUCGUGUAUAAUCAUAUUUGUAUAUCGCCUGUUCCAUUCAUUAAUGCAUAAUGAAUGGAACAUGUUGAGCUAAUUUACAAUGGGACUGAUUGGACUGAAGUACUGCUCGCACACAAUUCUGUAGGUGUGCUUUGCUAUGGGCCAACAUGCCGUGUCGCAAGUUGUCUGGAUCGAUUCUCAAUCAUUCGUGUCCUGGUAAUCUGCAAAGGUUCAUUUGAGGCAACUGGACUUUUCUUCUUUGUUGAAGACGUUUGACCUUUAAUCUAAAAGGCUUCUUCAGUUCUAAAUGUUAGGUUUUGUAAGCCUUUUUUA